AUGGGCUCUCGCUCAGGUUUGCUACGCUCGGAGCAGAUGAAGUAUGGGAUGCUUGUGCUGCCAGUCAACGAAGCACGGCGCAUCGUCGGCCAGCUAGGGAAAGAUUCAAACCUGCAGUUCGAAGACGACAACGCACGCGACAUGCGCCGGCCCUACCGGAAGCACAUCCAACGAAUUGAUGAAAUGGAGCGAAUCAUCCGAUUCCUCAUUCAGGAGAUCAGCUCGAUUGAGGGAUGCCAGUUGAUCAAGAACAAGGUUGACGAGUUCCUUCAGACCGAUGACACUUACUCCUUAGAGGCUGUUGAGGGCGAGCUUCAGUCCUUGUACCAGAACUUCCUCAAGUUCAAGGAGAACAAUGCCAAUCUCACGAACGAGCGCAAUCAGGCUGUGGAGGAGGCCGAAGUCGUUGCCGUGGCGCGCGAAAUGCUCACGGGCUCGCGCCCAUCCUAUUUGGCAGAAGAAGAGACCUUCGAGAGCAGUGCCAAGAAGCCAUUGCUGGCCGCGUGGUUAGGCUACCUGGCCGGCGUGGUGCCGAAGACCGAUGAGGCACGCUUCGCCCGGGCACUCUGGCGCGCGGCACGUGGCAAUACUUUCACGCAGUUCACGCCCAUCAGCCAAUCAGUGAAGGAUCCCAAGACAGGUCAGGAGGUGCAGAAGUCAGUGUUCGUGGUCUACUUCCAGGGUGCUGGUGGGCCAAUGCAGCAGAAGGUGAUGAAGGUUUGCGCUGCCUUUGGUGUCAACAUGUACAACUGGCCAGCCAGCGCCGAGCAAGCCAAGACACGGCACACACACCUGCUUGGAGUGGUCAAAGAGAAAGAUACGGCCUUAGAGGGCUACCAGUUCUUCAUGAAGACGGAGGCCAAGGACCUCUUGGCCCCCCCCAGUCAAAACGAGAAGGCCAACUCAAAGCUGGAAGAAUGGCGUCUGUUCUGCAUCAAGGAGAAGUCAAUCUUCAACAUCCUCAACCUAUGCUCAGGGGAGAUCGCGCUGAGGGUGAACGUCUGGUACCCGGCUGCAGAGGAGGCAUCCAUCAAAGCGUUGUUGCAGAAGCUGAAUGCGGGCUCGUCGCAGGGUGCUUUCCUGACUCCUGACAAGAAUGUGAAGUCUGCGCCCCCAACAUACAUCCGCGUGAAUGACUACACGGAGGUGUGGCAGGAUGUCAUUGACACGUACGGAAUUCCCAAGUAUCAGGAAGCAAAUCCGGCCCUCCUGACUGUGGUAACCUUUCCUUUCAUCUUUGGCAUGAUGUACGGCGAUGUGGGUCACGGUAUCCUCUUGUUCCUGGCCGGAAUCUGGCUCUGCAUGAAUGCCGAGACCUUCCGAUUCACCCAACCAUCGCUCUUCACUGCCCGGUACAUGGUCGUAAGCUUGGGUUUCUUCGCCAUCUUCGCGGGCUUCAUGUACAACGAUUUCUUUUCAGUUGGCCUGCAACUGAUUGCUGAAGGCGACACGGAGGCGUUGGCCGGCCUCAGCGGCGUCACGACAGCGAAGAAGGAAUUGAACAAGUUUUCCGGAUCGCUGAAGGGCAUGCCUCGCAACAAGGGAUUUCCCCAGAUCGAUCAGAUCUACGCCCUCGGCACGCAAAUCAAGGUGAGAGCUUUCGUUUUCUACGGCCCGGGCGACCUCGCCGAAGAGUUCCGCUUCGCGCUCCUUGGCUUGCCGAAGUGGAUGGAAGUUGGCAUCUAUGAGUGGCCAGGACAUGGCACUCGAGAGGGCGAGCCGUAUGCGGAGAAUUUCGAGGCUUUGGCCAAGGACGCCCUCGACUACCUUACGCCGAUGCUGGACCAGGUGAAGGAGGGAGGUGAGUUCGAGGGUGCACCCUUUGCCUUCAUCGGCAAGUCGGUGGGCUGUCAGCUGCUCACUUGGCUUGCGAAGACAAUCCUGGUGAAGCAUGGGAUUGGCCCUUCCGCCGUGGUGGUCGUGGACCGCGCGCCGCCCCACAUCCCCUUGCUGAAUGAGCAUGGCCAGUCAGAGCUGAAGUCGAACCCGGACAAGGUUGUCAAGGCCUUCAACUACGAAAUCUUCGAGGAGGUGGAUAAGAAGAUGUGGGCAAAAGACCUCAGCUAUGCCAACGAGACGCUUGACGCCUUCUACCACAAGUUCGACUGCCCCGUAAUGGUCUUGAAAGGGCAGUUCGACCAAGCCAGCGACACCUUCGGAAAGAAGAAGAACAGGUUCAAGGCUGUGACCGUGAAGAUCAAGGGGUCGGACGAGACGAUCGACUUGCCCGCAGAGUCUGAGACCACCGUCAAGGAGAUGCUGGCAGCUGUGGACAAGAUGUUCAGCUACACGAGGGGUGCCAACCUCAAGUGCCUCUCCACGGAUGGCCGCGUGAUCGCACCCGACAGCACAGUUCCAGCUGUGAUCGUGGUCGACGGCCUGAAGGACUUCCAGCACCCACGCCACUCUUGGGAGCACCCGGUGGGUAUCAUUGGCGGCGGCUUCUAUGGCGUGAAGCUGGCGAUGGAGUACAUGCUGCACCGCAGCGAGAACAUCGUGCUUUUCGAUCGCCACGCCAGGGCAGGGGGUGAUGCAUGGCACUGCUCAGCGACGAAGUACUCCCGAUGCCAGACGGACUUCGGAGCCUUCAACCCGUGGUGGGGUCAGCAGUAUUGCUACACCGGGGACAAGGGCUACGGUUCUAAUCCCAAGUCCGGAGGCCGUGCCAAGUUCAGUGCCUCGUUCGACGGCCCUGGUGCACCUAAGGGCGGCUCGGGUGCAGGCACUGGGGUGGACUACCACCCAGUCAGGGCACAGCUGCUGGACGCCAUGCGCUACUGCAUUGAGGAGUACGGCUUCACAAAGCACUGCAACUUUGAGACGGAGGUCUCCACCUUGAAGAUUGUCGGAGACCCCGACGCCGAAGACCGCUACUACGAGCUGGGCCUGACGAAGCUGGACAAGGCCAGCAUCGAGCUCGCAGGUGGAGGGUAUGGCAGCUACGGCACCACCGGCGGCAUGCGCGCAGCCACCUCCAACGUCAAGGUCUCGCUUGUCUACCACUUCCCCGGUGCAUAUGACAUCAGCCGCAUCAUCGACUAUCCUGGUGAGGACGAGUUCAUCGCGGGUGGUGGACAGAUCGGCUAUGGCAUGGGCAAUGGUCACGGUGGACUCUUCGUGUGGGACGAUGGCCGCAUGAAGGACGCACGAGCUGCGAUCUUGGGCAACGGCGCCUUCGCUGUGGAGAACGUCCGGAGCUGCUUGGAGAAUGCCGCUGCCAAGGUUUACAUCAUCACUCGGCGGAAGAGCCUUCUUUGCCCACGCCUGCCGUGUUGGUUCUGCCACCAAGGCCCAGACCCAACACCAUCCUGGCAGCUGCUGAACCAGUUCAAGCCCAUGUACGAAUGCGCAGGCAUCGAGGACCCCUUCAAGUUCUACGCCGUGCUGGGCAGUGGUGAGGCGGACUGCCAGAUCAAGCAAAGCAGUCGCUUCGGCAUUGGCGAUGUGACUUUCCUAGCGCACGCCUAUGGCCUUCUAGAGUACCGUGUGGACACCCUGGCGAAAUGCACCGCCAAGACCUUGCAUCUAUCCGGCGGGGAGAAGUUGGAGAACAUGGACCAUCUUUGCAAGGCUCUGGGACUCAUCAGCGACCCCCGGGUCGACAAGCUCCAUGCCAUGACCCACAAGGUGGGGAACAUGAUCAACGGCGACUUCCGACGGGUCAUGACCGCCGACGCUACAGGCAUGGAUGCCAAACGCUUCACCACAUUCUCUGCUGGCCCUAAUGCUUGCGGCUUCGUGAAGCAGUGGUACUACAUGCACAAUCACCCUUGGGAGUUCAGGGAGGCGGUCGCGCAAGGCAUGAUGAAGCUGCUGCCUGUGCACAAGAAGAGCGACACACAGCCGGACCAGCCCGUGUACAUGACCAACGUGCAGUACGAGAUGUGGGCUGGCGGCGUGUUUGCAAGCUAUUUCCCAAAUGCGGGCCGCGCUUUUGGCGACGAGGCGUCCUACAAGUACUCUCUACUCCACACGAUGCACCCGGUGCACAAGUUUUACGAGUACUGCAAGGCCGACUGGGACAGGUACCAGAAGAUGUUCCAGGAGAACUGCAAGGGCUGUGCGGACAAGAACGUUCCGAGCGAUGCGGCGCUGCAGCGCGAGCUCAUUCCCAAUUUGGUGAAGGAGUUCAAGCUGGUCAAGGUGAAAGACGGGGAAGAUCCGUACACCCAAGUGCAGGCCAACAAGGUCUACGAGUUGAAAAAGCCGCUCACAUCCUCCAACGCCGACUCGUGCAUGAACUUCGACGAGCAGCAAACAAGUCUGUGGGCGGAUCUGGUCGCAGAUGCUUCACGUGCCACAUGGAGAAUGUGCCUUGCAGCUCAGCCGGCGCGUUGCAGGUUGUGCGUCCGCAAGAAUAAGAGCAAGCUUUGGCAGCUGAUGGAUGCAGGUGACGGCAACUUCGUUCCAACCUUCGAUGUCAAGAAUGAGGGCGGCCCAGGACCUUAUCCCUUUGGCCUGGACUGGGCCUGGCAUGGAGCGAGCAAUGAAUUGCUCUACGUGAACUCCCUCAAGAUGAAGCUUUCCGUUUUGUUUGGGGUCCUGCAAAUGACUGUGGGCCUUGUCUUGAGGUGGAGCAAUGCCUUCUACGAGAAGAACAUGACCGACUUCCUCUGCGAGUGCAUUCCCAUGAUGAUCUUCAUGCUUUGCUUCUUUGGGUGGAUGGACUGCAUGGUCUUGUACAAGUGGGUGCAUCCGAUUGACAACCCACCAAGCAUCAUCAACUCCCUCAUUUGUAUGGCCAUGGGCCAAGAGGACAAGUUCCCGCUUUGGCCGGGCUCUGUGGAGCUGGCACAGACAUUGAUGGGGCACCUCCGGUACACCAUGCUGGCUGUCACCGCCUUAGCAGCGCGUGGCGUGGCCAAGCGCGACGUGCCCAUCAUGCUUCUGCCGAAGCCUUUCAUUCUUCUCUACCAGCACAAUGCCAAGCAGGAGAAGAGCGAGAGUCUCGCGACCAUUGAUGAGGAAACAGGGCCCUCGAGCAACCACCAUGGGCACGGCGAGGAGUUCGAGUUUGGCGAGAUCUUCAUCCAUCAGAUCAUCGAAACGAUUGAGUUUGUUUUGGGCACCGUGUCGCACACGGCCUCCUACCUCCGCAUUUGGGCUCUGUCCUUGGCUCACCAACAGCUCUCCCUUGUCUUCUUCCAGAAGACCUUGACGAUGGGCCUGGUCAUGUCCUUCCCCAUGAAUGGGAUCAUGAUCUACCUCAUGUUUGCUGCCUGGUUUGCCAUCACGCUGGCCGUCCUCCUUGGAAUGGACGUGUUGGAGUGCUUCUUGCACACCUUGCGGCUGCAUUGGGUGGAGUUCCAGAGCAAGUUCUACAAGGCUGAAGGUCUGAAGUUCGCGCCCUACUCCAUCAAGAAGCUGGUCACACCCACAGGCGAAGGUGAGUAG